AUGGCAGUCGUCUUCGCAGGGAAGGUGAGGAGGUUCGUCGUUUUCUCCGUCGAUCCCUUCGGAGUGCCAAGCUUGUGGAAGGAGAUGGAGAGUUGCGGCGACAAGCCUGGAGUUGCUCGAAGAACAGAGAAAGCCACCAUCCGAGACUUAUCCCACGACGGAGCAUGGGGGACGGAGCCGGAGGGAGAGGAUCUUGUUGGUGCAUCAACGAGCGGAAACCAUAGUGUGUUCUAUAGAAGAAUCUAA